AUGACUCCCACCAACAAUCUGCAGAAGCUGAAAUCCGUUCACGCCGGUCAUUCUCUCGACGGCAUUUGGACUCGCUUCGUAGGUUUAGAGUCUUCUACUGGAAAGCAAACAGCCCAUGGUCCUCAUAAAUGCCAAGGGCUUUACUGGACUCCCGAAGGCAUCAACCCAACUACUGCUUUUAUCCUCGUUCAUUACAAUGGAGACUUUUCUGAACAUUACCUUGCUCCCCUGUUAGCUGUCCGUGGUUACGGCGUGCUUGGGUGGAACACACGAUUCCGGGGUGCUGAGGAUCUUUUCUCACUCAACGAAGCUCUGGAUGACAUCGCCGCCGGGACACGGUGGCUCUUGAAGGAAGUUGGCGUAAAGAAUCUCAUCUUCAUUGGAAACUCUGGCGGCGGCUCUCUCAUGGCUGCGUUCCAUGCCCAUGCCCUCAAAGAUCCCAGUCUAGGGCCUGCAAAACUCUUCAUCACACUGAACGCCCACUCCGGACGCCCGACGGUUCUCACUGACUGGUUGGAUCCCUCCGUCAUUGACGAAACCGAUCCUACCAAGAUCGACUUUGAGCUGGAUAUGUUCAACCCAGCCAAUGGUCCACCCUACUCUGAGGGCUUUCAGAAGCGUUAUCGAGCUGCUCAGGUGGCGCGGAAUCACCGCAUCACAAAAUGGGCCAGAGAAGAGUUGGAACGUCUCAAUGACGCAGGGAUCUCGGACAGGAUCUUCCCUCUUCAUCGAACAAUGGCGGACUUGAGGUUCCUUGAUGCCACACUAGAUCCCAGCAAACGACAGGUUCCGGGCUGUUACCUUGGCCAUCCGGCCAAAGCAAACCGAAGUGUGAGCAUGUUGGGCCGGGCGAACACUCUGAGAACAUGGCUGUCUAUGUGGAGUCUCCAGGAUUCGAAGUGUAAGUUCGACGCGUAUGCGGAUAAGAUCACGGUCCCGGCGCUCGUCAUCCAGAGCUUAGCCGAUGCUGGCGUUUACCCUUUUGACGCUCGCCACCUUUAUGAAAGUCUAGCUUCAAAGGACAAGGAAAUCGUUUGGGUCGAAGGGACACAUUUCUUCGAGAACAACGAGAGAGAUCGCGAAAAGGUUGUGGAUGUCAUUGAUGAAUGGGUCAAGAAGCGAGUUUAG